ACUUUUUCUUGUUUAUUCAAUAUCAAUGAGCCAUUGCAUUGGAUAUCAUGUAACAAAUACGCGCCUCCGUUUGAAAAUGUGCUACGUCAGAAUAAUGUGUUCAUGGUUUAAAUUUAGGCAAUAGGCGGACCCUUUUUCUUUUAAAGAAUCUGAUUCGGUCAUCGGAAAACACGGUUCCAUUUUUUACCGUCUUUGUUCUCUUUUUCUCUACCCCACAUUGAAAACAAUACAAUGGAUUCCCGAUCAUCCGGACUUCGUCCUUUCGUCAUAUUUUGCUCAUUAGUGUCAGCACUCGGCGCACUUAAUAAUGGUUUCAACACUUCAGCAUUAAACAUUCCUUCAAACGCACUCACACAUUGUCCUGGUGUACCUUAUGGUACCGUCACUUACUAUCCAAACUCGCCUUUACCUCAGUGUAUUCCUAUGUCAGACUGGAUUUUGGGUGCUGCUACUGGUAUGUUUGCUGUUGGUGGUUUAUUAGGUGCCAUGAUUGCUAGUUACAUGGCUAGUAAAUUUGGUCGUCGUGAUUCUAUGAUUAUCAUGAACGUCACAUUCUUUAUUGGUGCUAUCUUGCUUUCUCUCUCAACUGAACCUGGUCAAUUUGCUGUUGGCCGUAUCUUUGUCGGUAUUGGCUCUGGUUUCAUGACAGUCGUGAUUUCAAUGUACAUUGCUGAAAUUUCCCCUCCCAAGUACCGCGGCGCUCUUGGUUGUUGUCUUCAAUUGCUCUUGACUGUAGGUAUUUUGAUUAUUGAAUGUAUCGGUCUUGGUCUUUCUUCUGCUAUUGGUUGGCGUGUUGUUGUAAUCAUUACUAUUGUGCCUGCCAUCAUUCAAAUGCUUGUCUUGCCCUUCUGUGCUCGUUCUCCUCGUUGGUUGAUCAGUCAAAACAGAAUUGAUGAAGCUCGUGUUCAAUUGAUGCGUCUUCGUGAAGGUGAUGUUCAAGAAGAAUUCUCUGACAUGAUUUUGUCUCUUACCAAGGGUGGUAACUCUGAUGAUGCCAAGAAGACUCCUGCCAACAAUGAUGAAGGUUUCGAUAACGAAGCUGGUUCUACUGAAAAGGCCUUUGAAGGUGAACAAAGUAUCUCUAUUGUUCAAAUCUUCAAGAUUCCUGUCUUGGCUGUCUUGACUUUGAAGAUGAUGGUUGUUCAUGCUUCUUCUCAAUUGACCGGUAUUAAUGCAGUCAUGUAUUACUCUACUUCUAUUUUCGAAAACUCUUUUGGUGACACUGCCAAGUAUGUCACCAUUGGUGUCUCUGGCUUGAAUAUUGUUAUCACCAUCAUUGGUCUCUUCUUGGCUGAUCGUUUAGGCCGUAAGAUGUUGAUGUACAUUUCUGCCUUUGGUAUGUGUGUCUGGGCUGUUUUGAUGACCAUUGGUCUUCGUUUCAAUGUCUCUGCUCUUCAAGUUCUUUCUAUUUACAUCUUUGUUGGUUUCUAUGCCAUUGGUCUUGGUGUCAUUCCCUUUGUGAUCAACUCUGAAGUGUUCCCUACUUAUGCAGUCUCUGCUUCUUCUUCUAUUGCUUUGGUCAUCAACUGGCUCUGUAACUUCAUUGUCGGCCUUAUCUUCCCUGCUCUCCAAACUGCUUGUGGUCCCUAUGUCUUCUUGAUCUUUGCUGGUCUCUCUUUGGCCUUUGGUCUCUUUAUUCUUUUCUUCGUGCCUGAAACAAAGCAAAAGUCCAUUGAUCAACUCGGUCGCGAACUUGGUUGGUAUGGUCUUAACCCUGCUGAAAUUAACAACACCAAGGAGUAAAUCUCUCCUCUAUUACCAUCAUCAUACUUCUCCUCUCAUCCUUGUACUAUUAGUGUUUAUAUAUAUCUUUUUUUUUUCUUCAUCCUAAUCAUUUUGUUCUUUUUACAAUAAAAAUAUACAUCUAUUUAAACCAGAUUUUUAUUAUUGAAUAGCGUCUAAAGCAUCUGAGAACAUGGUCAACAGUUG